AUGUUGGUGUACUUGACUCACAAGGGUGCUUCACCGAUGGACACAACACUCUUUCUGAUCAACAAGGGUAUCACCUGCGGCACUGGUAAAAUGGAUUUGAAUGCGGGCGGCGCGAUGGCGGGUAUGCACCUGGACAAGAGCGGGGCCGCAGCAGUGGCAGGUUUUUUCAGGAUCUUCAGUCUACUCAAACCGCAGGGUCUAUCGGUACAUGGUGCAAUGGCCCUUGUGAGCAAUAGCAUCGGCUCCGAUAGUCACGUAACUGACGAGAUCGUCAAUUCUCGUGCCGGUCUGCACGUCCGUGUGGGCAACACCGACACUGAAGAGUGUAUGGUUAUGAUCGACCUGCUCUGUGAGGCAAAAGAACAGUUGUGUAGCACGGUCUGGGUUUUAAGAAGAAACAUCUGCCCUAUUCACAUUUCAACAUCGCCGGCAUCGCUAGUGACAUUGACGUUCUUCAGAUAG